CGUGGUCAAGACAGCAGGAGCAUGUUAUUAUUUUGUUUACUGAUGUUCUGGUUUUGUUUGCAUGAGUUAUUAUGAUUUAAUACUCCAUCUUGAGGUCACCUGUCCCUGUGUCCGGCCCUCUGCAGGCUCCAGAUGUUGGAGGCCAUCUGUAAGCACUGGGAAGGCCCCAUCAGCCUGGCCCUGUACCUGUCAGAUGCCGAGGCGCAGCAGUUCCUGCGCUACGCUCAGGGCUCUGAGGUGCUGAUGAGCCGCGGAAAUGUGGGUUACCACAUCGUCUACAAGGAGGGACAGUUCUACCCAGUCAACCUGCUGCGAAAUGUGGCCAUGCGGCAGGUCAACACACCUUACAUGUUCCUGUCAGACAUUGACUUCCUGCCCAUGUACGGCCUCUAUGAGUACCUCAGGAAGUCAGUGGUGCAGCUGGACAUGGCCAACACCAAGAAAGCUCUGGUGGUUCCAGCUUUUGAGACACUGCGGUAUCGCCUGUCCUACCCGAAGUCCAAGGCCGAGCUGCUCUCUCAGCUUGACAUGGGCACGCUCUUCACCUUCAGGUGAUCCACUCCACUGUGUCUGCUGCCUGCAGGUUUAACAUUCUUCAUCUUUUCAUCUAACAAAACGCAACAGCAGCUCUCUUCAUUUCCUCAUCCGAAGUAGAAGUUGUGUAAAUCGAU